GUCUCGGUUGUGAGCCGCCACCAUGAGAGUGGAAAAGUGUUACUUCUGCUCUGCGCCCAUUUACCCGGGGCACGGGAUGAUGUUCGUGAGGAACGACUGCAAGGUUUUUAGAUUCUGCAGAUCAAAAUGCCAUAAAAAUUUCAAGAAGAAGCGCAACCCUAGGAAGAUCAGGUGGACCAAAGCGUUCAGAAAAUCAGCUGGUAAAGAGUUGACCGUGGAUAAUGCAUUUGAAUUUGAAAAGAGAAGAAAUGAACCUGUCAAAUAUAAGAGAGAAUUGUGGAGCAAGACAGUCGAGGCAAUGAAGAGAGUGGAAGAAAUCAAGCAGAAGAGGCAGGCCCGGUUUAUCAUGAACAGACUGAAAAAGGGCAAAGAGUUGCAGAAAGCACAGGAUAUCAAAGAAGUCAAACAGAAUAUUCAUCUUAUUCGGGCUCCUCAUGCCGGAAAGACAAAACAACUGGAAGACAAAAUGGUUCAGAAAUUACAAGAGGAUGUGGACAUGGAAGAUUCUUCCUAGGCAUGUGCAUUGGCAUCUGUUGGUCAUCUUUGCUUUCAUACCAUCAUCUUGUGCGUUGUGGAAACAAUAUUUUGUUUGCACUUUGGACUGUAACUUUUUUCGCUGGUUGUCAGCAAUAUUGUUCAGAGAAUGAACGCGCAAACAGCCAAAUAAUUGUGUGUACCCACUGGCUGAUAAAUAAAAACUUUUAUUUACUGAA